AUGUAUGCGGACAAACACGAGAAGUCAAUCGUUAAAAUCAGAAACUUGCUCUCAGUCAAACAACAAUUUGCCUUUGCCAUGCACUCUCCUCACCCUAAUAACAUCGAUACGAUGAACGAAUUGAAUAACACGAACAACGGUUACGUCAGACAUUAUAACAACAUCUAUCAAUCGUCUUUUCCGGAGGACUUCAAUUUUGAUAACACCAAUCCUCCAGUUCACAUGCCCAUCAAUUUGCAAGCCCAAUCUCAUGCUCAAAAUUUCCUUCCUUCUGCCUCCGAUAAUGUCGAUACGACGUCCAUGGAUAUUAUGAACUACGGAAAUUAUACCGCCAAUUAUGCACCAUAUCAAGUUAAUUCCUCAGUUUCUUAUUUCCAUCCGGACACAAUGGAUGGGCAGUUGAAUAUACCGAAUCACGAUCAAGCCAAACCCCACGCAAACAGCUCUUGUCCGCUCCAAGUACCUUUUCAAACAUACUGUGGCUCCUCCGACUCUUAUCCAGAUACCUCCAUCCCCCAUUCCGAUACGACGAACAUCAGUCAGACAGGUAAUUAUUUUCAACAUCUCGGCAUGAUCAACAAUUCAUCUACUUCAUAUAUUUUUACGCACGAGCCCACAGGCUCCGGAUAUGUUGUUACGAAAGUAGAGUAUACCCAAUCAGCGUUAGGCAGGAUGUCGUCUGCUGACUUUAACCAGAUGUUAGCUACAACUCGGAUGUGA